CACCGCUCCGCUGUACCGACGAGAACGAUGGCCUCCAUCGCCGCUUCCCCCGCCGGCCUCUUCGCUCGCCGCGCCGCCUUCAACGGCCUCGCCGUCAGGCCCCGCGCAGUCGCCCGCGCCGUCCCCGCGGUUCGUUUCGCGCCCGUCGCCGCUCUCAAGAAGGAUGACGAGUGGGAGACCCAGAAGGCCGGUCCCGCGUUCAACCUGGCGCUCGCUGCGAUGGUUGCCGGCAGCGUCUUCGUCACGGAUGUGGUCUCCCCCGAAUACGCCGAGGCCGCGCGCUCCUCGGGCAGGAUGGGUGGUUCCUCCUUCCGCUCCGCGCCCCGCGCCGCGCCCCGCGGCGGCAUGGGCGGCCAGUCCCGCCAGGCGCCCCCAAUGGUCGGCGGGAUGGGUUACGGCUACGGCAUGCCCAUGAUCAUGCCCAUGCCCAUGUUCUCCCCCUUCGGUUUUGGUUUCGGGUUCGGCGGUCUGUCCUUCAUCUUCAACAUCCUCAUCUUCCUGUGGGUCGCCAACUUCUUCCUGAGCUUCGUGUCCAGCCUCACCGCGGGCAACGAUAAGCGCAACGAUGACGACCGCUUCUAAUGGUCCGGACCGUCGAGUCCUUUAUUAGCGCCGCCUAGAACUCCUGUAAUACCGUUCCUUUUCAUUUUC